GCCCCCUCGGCCGUACGUCGCGGUGCUGUGACAGAACCCGGAAGUGUCGGUGUCAGUUCGGUAUGAUGGGGGAUCUGUUAGUACCGGGGGCUCCCCUCACCCUCCUUCUCCUCUCCGUCCUCCUCCUCUCCCCGGUCCGGGCCUCUCUCCGCAAUGUCACCGGGGAUGUGCUGGGAUCGGGGGCCCGGGGGAAGAUCGCCGCCUUCGGGGACUUCAACGCCGAUAAACAGACCGAUCUCUUCAUCAUACGAGGCGGUGAUGAGUUGCGGAUAUUUUUGUCAGAUCUGAAGGCAACGCCGUCUUUUACCCCGAAAGUCACGCUGGCAUUAGAGAGUGAAGGGGUUGUGAUCACCAGCGUGGUUCCCGGAGAUUAUAAUGGAGAUUCGCAGAUGGAUGUGUUGCUGACCACCAUACCCAGAGCACAGCUUGGAAAAGACACUCCCCUUUCCAUUGUCAUCUACUGGGGACAGAAUCAGACGCUCAAUAAAAAUCAAAAGGUUCAACUAAAUGGGACGUAUUCAGAUGAGCCCCUUAUCAUGGACUUUAAUGGAGACAUGAUUCCUGAUAUCCUCGGAGUGCCUACUGGUAGCCCGACUCCUGUCAUCACAUACGGCGGAAGCUUGACCGUGACAGCAAACCUGAAUACAACACGUCCGAUGGUCAUUCCUCAUUCUCACGCUUUUAUAGACCUAACUGGAGAUUUUACAGCUGAUCUCUUCCUCACAACGUUGGCAGACAAUAAAGACGUUCAGUUUGAGACUUGGGAAAACCAGGGAGGCAAUUUCUCCGGGGUCACGUCCCUCGUUACAAAGCCUAAAGAUGUGAAGAGGGUCGGACAGUCCGUCUUUGCUGACUUUGAUGGAGACGGCCAACAGGAUCAUCUGCUACCAGCUUGCGAAGAUGACAAGUGUUUAAAGAGCGUCAUCUAUCUCAUGAAACAUGGCUCCACUCAGUGGGUUCCAGUGUUGCAGAACUUCACCAACGGAAACACAAUUUGGGGAUUUGCACCACCAACCACUCCUCUUACCCAGUCAUUUCCCAUCACCCUUCAUAUCGGAGAUUAUAACAUGGACGGGUACCCAGAUGCACUGGCUAUUCUGAAAAACACAUCGGGAAGCAACCAGCAAGCCUUCCUCCUGGAGAACGUCCCCUGCAAGAACAGCACAUGCUCCCGGGUGUUCGAAGUCCACUGGGACCUCGCCGACCUAAAUCAAAUAAAAGAUGCGAUGGUGGCGACGUUCUUCGACAUUUAUGAAGACGGAAUUCUGGACAUCAUCGUUCUCAGCACAGGAAGUUCCGAUGACAACUCCAUCCACGUCUUACAGAAUAACUUUGAAGCCGACGCUUACUUUGUCAAAGUAAUAGUGCUCAGUGGUAUUUGCUCCAAUGACUGUCCUCAGCAAGUCAAGCCUUUCGGUGUUAACCAGCCCGGCCCCUACAUUAUGUACAUGACGGUGGACGCCAACGGGUAUCUGAAAAAUGCAUCUGCCGGGCAGCUGAGUCAGUCGGCACACAUGGCUCUCCAGCUGCCGUACAACGUCCUGGGAUUAGGGCGCAGCGCCAACUUCCUCGAUCAUCUGUAUGUCGGAAUCCCUCGUCCGUCUGGAGAAAAGCAAAUAAGGCGACAGGAAUGGACGGCGAUCAUUCCGAAUUCCCAGCUCAUCGUCAUUCCCUACCCCCACCAACAGCCUAAAAGCUGGAGUGCCAAGCUCUACCUGACCCCAAGUAACAUCGUCCUGCUGACCGCCAUUGCUCUGAUCGGAGUGUGCGUUUUCAUCCUGGCAAUAAUCGGCAUCCUACACUGGCAAGAGAAGAAAGCAGAUGACCGGGAGAAGCGGCAAGAAGCCCAUCGCUUCCAUUUCGACGCCAUGUGAAGCACCAGAAACGGCUUUCCGCUAUGAAUAAAGGCUUGAAAGUGGUUUUCCUGGAAAAAGCUUGUCUCUGUUCACUUACUAAUGAAGGCAAAGUUCAGCGAUUUACAACCUUCAGCUCAUUAACUUCUAUGAGAUGGCUGAGGGCUGCGUGAAUUCUGAGCCCUUUUCUGAAAAUCGGCUCCUUUUUUGUUCGGGUGAAUUCUGAGCAUUUACGACAACUGACAACCAGAAGUUUUAAAUUAAGGCUACAUGUACACUAGCCUACCAUGGGAAAAUGCAAAUACGCUAUUUUCGACAAGAACUUUUGU